AUGAAGAAGGAAAAAAAGGGCGGCGGCCCCUCGGAACGCAUCGCCGAUGCGCGAUUCUCCAGCUUCGAAACCGACCCCCGGUUUCGCCUUCCGUCCAAGAAGCGCACCAAGACCACGUUGGACGAGCGGUUUGCCGGCAUGCUCCACGACCAGGAUUUCACGGCCACCGCUAGAGUAGAUCGCUACGGGCGCAAGAUAAAGUCUGACGCGAAGAAGAAGGCGCUCCAGCGACUGUACUUGCAAGAAGAGGAGGAAGGAGGACAGUCUCGAGACGCCGCGGCCGACCGUGAUGUCCGAGUCGACGACGACGAGCUCGUCCAGCGCGAACUCCGGGCCGCAGACGAGAAGGAAAAGUCGGCCGCCUACGACCCGGCCCGGCAUGGGGGCUUCUCUUCUUCGUCAGAGUCUGAUUCCGACUCAGACUCGGAAGAGGACUCGGAAGAGGACCAAGACGAAAGCGAUGUCGGUCUCGUCUCCGAGGGCGACGUGCAAAGGUUGCAAGACGAGCAAUCCCGUGUUGAGACUGGCCAUGUCACGAAUCGAAUCGCCGUUGUCAACUUGGACUGGGACCACGUGAGAGCCGCCGAUCUCAUGGCACUCUUCGCCAGUUUCCUGCCCACCGGCGAUGAGAGGAGCCGCGUUCUCAAGAUUUCCAUCUACCCCAGUGAAUUUGGCAAACAACGGAUGCGACAGGAAGAGCUGGAGGGUCCUCCCAGGGCUUUGUUCAAAAGCCAAGGCAAAGACUCCGACGACGAGAGCGACGGCGCGAGCGACAGCGAAGACGAGAGGAUCAAGAAGGAGCUCAUGCAGGAGGGCGACGACCAGGAUUUCGACAGUGACGCGCUUCGAGCGUAUCAGUUAGACCGGCUGAGAUACUACUACGCCGUCAUGGUGUGCUCAAGCCCCGAGGCGGCUCAAAAGAUUUACGAAGCUACGGAUGGCACGGAAUACCAGUCCUCGUCAAACGUCAUCGACUUGCGCUUUGUCCCCGACGACGUCACGUUUGAUGACGAGCCUCGUGACGAGUGCGACAAGGUCCCCGACUCGUACAAGCCCGUCGAGUUCGUGACCAAUGCUCUGCAGAGCUCCAAGGUCAAAUUGACCUGGGACAUGAACCCCGACGAGGCUUCACGCAAAGAAUCCAUCAACAGGGCAUUCACCGGCAGCCGGGCCAAUAUCGAGGAGAACGACCUUCGGGCUUACCUUGCCAGCGACAGCGACAGCGACAGCGAAGACGACGAGCAGAGCUCUGGUCAGGCCAAUGACGAGGACAGGCGAGACGCAACGGACGGGCCCAAGUUGUCCAAAAAAGAGCUGGCCCGCAAGAGAAUGCGCGAGGCUCUGGGGCUGGGAGAUGAGGCGGCUCCUAAAAAGUCAAACGACGGCCCCCUGGGCGAUAUGCAAAUCACAUUCACCUCGGCCCUAUCCGAAAGUAAACCGAAAGACGCCGACCAAGAGGAGACGACAAUCCAGAAAUACAAGCGCAAAGAAAAGGCGCGCAAAGACCAGAAGCGACAAGCACACAAAGCCAGGCGUGAAGCUGCCUCGGGCCCAGCCCCGGGCAAUGAGGAGGAACACGCCAUCACCACCGCUGCGGCCGACAAAGACCUCGGUUUCGACGACCCUUUCUUUACAGCAGAAGACACGUCCGCGCCGUCCAAAAGCUCCAUCCGCAAGGAGGAGCGUCUCAGAAAGCGCCAGGCCCGCGAGGCAGCCGAAGCAGAAUCAGCUGCUGCAAAGAGCCACCUCGUAAAGGUCAUGGCUCAAGACGCCCGCGACACACAAGCGGACCGCCUGGAUCACUUUGACAUGAGCGAAAUUGUACGUGCAGAGAAGAAGAAGAACAAGAAGGGCAACAGAGAUUCUGGUGACGGCACGGACAGAGGCGGAUUACAACAAGACUUCACCAUGGACGUGGAGGAUGAUCGGUUCAAGGCUGUGUUUGAAAGCCACGAGUUUGCGAUUGAUCCAUCCAACCCCAAGUUCAAGGCGACGGGUGGCAUGAAGAAACUGCUGGAAGAGGGUAGGAAGAAGAGGCGCGUGGGCGACGGAGAGGACGAGGCGAGCAGGAAAAAGGCGAAAAAGGGGCGGCGGGAAUGCUGA